AUGGCAGACAUGCAAUUUAAAUCUUUCGAAGAGUUGAAGAAGCAUAGUGAUUUGACUAAAGAAUUACUUAUAAAGCUAAAAAAUUCGCCAUCUGAAACUGUGUACAACUCUUUUACAAGUCUUGCUGAGAAAGGCCUUGAUCAGAGGAAUAACUUAGAAAAGAGAUUAGUAUUUCUGUUCCGUGCUGGAGCUGUAGCAUCAAUCCUAUGCAAAAAAGCAGAUUUUGAAAAAUUCAAAGAUAAGAAAGGCCAAGUUUUUUACCUGAAGUACACAGAUUGUGUUAAUGAAAUCGAUAAGUUAUCGCCUAGAGUAGGGCUAUUAUACGAUGACAAAGCGAAUAAGCGCGAACCGCAGAUUAUUCCUAAGAAGGAGCCUAUACCAAAAGUUGUUCCUGUUAAGAAGUCGUCACUGUUUAUUGGACCAAAAGAAGUUGUAGGAGCUGUGAUAAAUGAGAAAAAAUGUGUGGUUGUGUUCGAUUAUCGUUUGGAUAAAUCACGAACCAUUGCUGGUUUGAAUUUUCCAAACUUCAUUGUGAUAUCUGUGGAUAAUGGGGUGAUUGUUAAAGGGCUUAUAUUCAAUAAAUUGAGUACACAACUUCCUGUAGGUCAGAGACCUUUACUACCGAAGGUUUUCGAAGCUGAUCUUAUUGUUUUUAUGGAAGAAAGAGAUCCUACCAUAGAAAACGGGAAUUUGGUAACGGGUACGAAAGCAGAUAUUUUAAGGAGAGCCGUUACUCAAUAUCACCCUCAUCAAAAGAAAUUAGGAGAAGAUAAAGGCCCUUUCAUAUUGAAAGGCGGUUUUGAUAACUUCAAAUUGACUUACCCUACGUACAUUUCUUCUGAUCAGCAAAGUAUUAACAAAGCUGAUCUAGAUGAAGUACAGCUGUGUAUUAAUGAUUAUAAAAAUUCGGUGUCUCACUUGGUAUAUCCCGAUGUUUCUUUGACGAGAGAAAUUUCCCACAAAGAUGUUCCACCAAAGCAAGAACCUUCUAAACGGAAAGAAACAACUUUUGACAUCAAUCCGAAUGCUCCUUCUUCUGCUUUUGUAGUCAGCCACCCUAAGCCUGGUAAGUGUGUACGAUACUCCUUUGUUAUAACCUUUGUUUUGUUGCUGUUCCACCACGUACGCAAGCAAGACCUAGUAAUAGAUGAAGUGAAACCUCCUGUUCCGAAACACUCCCCUCCCCCUAAUGAGCCUCCCGCUAACAAACCUUCCGUCCUUCCUCCUGGACCUUCUAUUGAUAGAAGUAGUAAACCUAACAUUCCUGAACCUCGUCCUCCGAAAACAGAUGCUCGACCACCUCCUCGCAACAACAAUGUGGUUGCAACGAUUGACAGAAGUACGAAACCUCAAAAGAUGAGUACUGAAGAUGAAAGUCGAUGCCUAGAAAUAUAUGACAAGAUGUAUAAAUUCACUGCCGAGGAUUCUUCUCGUAGGUCUGGACCAAGCAGAGGAAACCAAGGCUUUACUGGUCUCUUUAAUACUGGAAAUACUUGUUUCAUGAAUGCGUCUCUCCAGGCUUUAAUUCAUACACCUGAGCUCGUGAGGUUGUUCACCAGAAAAAACUUCAUGACCGAAAUCAAUCCGAAAAAUCAGUUUGGAACUCGAGGAAUAAUAUCUUCCGUGUUCAGUGCUUUACUCGAUCUGAUGUGGAGUGGAGAAUAUUCUGCCAUUCGACCAAAGAAGUUUUUGAAUACUUUUGCAUCUGAAGUUAACUCAACAUUGGCAGACGGUCAUCAGCACGAUGCUUCAGAGUUUCAAAUUUUCUUAUUAGAUGCCUUACACGAAGAUACUAACUCGGUGUACCACAGAGUGUCGUUUGAACAAAAUUAUAAAGGAGGUGCUAGAAUAGCAGAAGAGGCUGAUGAUUACAAUAAGAAAAGUCUUAGAUUUUCGAAUUCCCCUAUUAACCGAAUCUUCAAUUUGCAAACUGUUUCCGAACUUUCAUGCCAGAAAUGCCAUGAUCGCUCAGUAACCUUCGAAGACUGUAGCUUGAUAACCGUUGAGUUGCCUCAAAAUUCUCGCCAUACUUCUCUUGAAGAUUGUCUCAGCAGGCAUUUUUCAGAAUCUCCCUUAGACGAUUGGAAUUGUCCAAAGUGUAAAUCCAGGCAAAUGGCGCAACGGAUAACGAAGCUGUGGAAAUUACCUUCUGUUCUUGUGGUGCACUUGAAACGUUUCUCAAUUGUGAAUGGAGAUUACGAGAAAAACGACAUGUAUGUAUCCUUUGAACCGGAAAAGUUGGAUUUACAAGUAUUCCUUCAUGGAAAAGCCAGUUGGAGUCAGGGAUGUCAAUACAGGCUCUAUGCCAUUACUAACCACCGAGGAAGAUUGAGUAGAGGGCACUAUACAGCACUGGUUGCUCAUGCCACUACUGGAGAAUGGAUGAGAAUGGACGACGACAUGGUGUCACCUACCACUUGUACUCGUUCAGAUUUAGGAGAUGCAUAUAUACUAUUCUAUAGAAAGAUGUCUUGA